CCUGGCAAUAGAUCUCUCCCUGAUCUCCCUUCCGCUGAGUGUUUGGAUGGGAUGUGAAGGGAGAAUUGAUCCCCCCCCUACUCUCCCCUCUGGGGAAGAGUUUGGGGGAAUUCAGUCCCUGAUUUAUUUUCCCCAUCUUUCUGGUAUUUCGUUUGGUUUGCUCACCCUUUUUCCAGCCCUGUUUCUGAGGUUUCUCCCUCUAUCCGGAUGGUGAGUGAGAACAAGGAGCAGAAUCCUCAGCAGGAAGAUGCUGAGGAAGUGGAAGCGCAUGGGGCAUUAUUGCAAAGUCCCCGAGGGAACUUGUCCGGGAGCCAUGAGCAGGGAAAAGCCGGUGAGAGUCAGAGCAGGCCAGAGAGGCUGGAGGGAAACCAGCCAGGGGAAAAAGUGGAUAAAUCCAUUAAUUGUCAGGGAAUUCACAAGGACCUCAAGGAAACCACAGCCCAGCAGAGACUCCCCACAGGAGAGAGAAACAACACAUACACUGAGUGUGGGAAACACGUCACUUGCCGCUCUGGCCUUACUACACAUCAGAGAAUCCACACUGGGGAGCGACCCUACGAAUGCGGCGAGUGUGGGAAAACCUUUGUUCGGAACUCACACCUUGUUACACAUCAGAGAAUCCACACCGGGGAGAGACCCUACGAAUGCGGCGAGUGCGGGAAAAGCUUCAGUGACAGCUCAGCCCUUCUUACGCAUUGGAGAACCCACACAGGAGAGACACUCUACGAGUACCAGGAGUGUGGGAAACACUUCACUCAGCGCUCCAACCUUAUUUUGCACCAGAGAACCCACACAGGAGAGAGACCCUACGAAUGCUAUCAGUGCGGGAAAACCUUCGCUCGGCGGUCGAACCUGAUUAGACAUCAGAGGAUCUAUACAAGCGAGGGUCCCUAUAUAUGCGCCAUGUGUGGGAAAACCUUCCAUCAGAGCUCAGCCCUUGUUUUAUCAUCAGAGAAUCUUCAAAGGAGAUAAACAUUGUGAAAACCCCGUCUAGGGCUGGCAACAGAGUUUAUUUUUUGUUUGUUUGUUUUUGUCCUCUAAGACUUUUGUUAAUUCCCAAAUAUUGACCUUUAAGCUAUUUGGCCCCUUUGCUUCACCGUGUUCUCUCAGCUCCCCUAGGCAAGUUGCCUGCUUUUCCCUUUUGCAGUUUGCCCUUUUCUGGGGUAAAUCCUGUGGUCCUGUCUAUCAAUUCCAUUGUCCUUUGAGUCCUGGAAGUGUGUGUCCAUCAGCCCCAGAUGGGGGAGAGAGGGGUGACCUCAACUAGCCAAAUCUACCUGGGCCUCAUGUCCCCUAGGCCAGUGGUUCUCAAGCUUUUUUUUUUUUUCCACGGACCACUUGAAAAUUGCUGAGGGUCUCGGCGGGCCACUUAAUGAUCUAUCCAAAUGUUGUUUUUACCAUUAACUAACUAUUGGAAAGCGCUUUGGAUAAAAGUGCUAUAUAAUAAAACCAAUAAUAAUUAACUUUUUUUUGUUCUACAAAUAAAAGCACACAAUUCAUAUUUUAA